CCGGGUCGUUUACCCUGGUGACGGGCCUUGGAGACGGUUGCGAUGGAGACUGGCGAAGCUCCGGAGCCUGGACAGGACGGGAACGACACUGGUCGUGGUCGUGUAACUUUGAAGAAGCUGAAGUCAUCAGCAACAUGGAACACAAUUUAUUAUGUAAGGAACUCUGAACCCAUUCAAAGAACCAUGCUUAUUUUACAUCUCCAGUGGAAGUGUUGCAGAAGCUAAUGAACAUGAAUACAUAAAUAAGAUGGCUGUAUGUAAUUCCAUUUGUACCUUCUACAAUUUUAGGGAAAGUCACUAAAAUUAUAAGAAAAAAAACUGAAAACAGCAGUCAGUCUUUAUACAAAAAAACUUAAGAAAAUAUUGUAAAAUUUUCAACAAUGAAUGAAUGUAUGAAAAAACAGAGCAAAUCCAAGACAGAGGAAAGUGAAUGUCUUAAAUGCCACCCAGAUUUCACCUAUCGACCACCCAUUCAGGUAUAUCUCUGUUCAACAUGUGAGGAUUUUCAAGAGGAAAGAAACUAUUUGGAAAAUUAUAUUUUUCCUCUUCUAAGUGAACUCUGUAACACCAGAAGAAGCUGCUUUGAAGUAUUAGAUAUGCAGUGGACAUCACACGAAGGAAGCCAUCGCCAGAGCAUAGAUUCCCACCAGCUAAAGGUUUCACUAGACUUUAUCUCAAAAUGCUCACCUUUCUUCAUAUGCAUGUUAGGUCAGAAAUAUGGUGAGUAUUGCCCACCAGAUACAGAGUGCUAUCCAGUGGGUGGAAUGGAUAUGGAAGCUUUAUCCAAGGUAGAAAGGAAUAUACAUAUCGCAGCAAGAAACGGUUACUCUUGGAUAUUGCGCGAAGAAUACAAAAACUGCAGUCUGCUAGAGCUUGAGAUAACUGAAGCAGCUUUACUGAAUGACUCUGUGUUCAGCUUCUUUUAUUUCCGAGAUUCCCGGUAUGUCGAUGAUAUACUUUUGCAUGUCCCACAAGAUAAAAGGGAAAUGAUAACGAGUAAAUAUAACCAUAGAGAUCAUUAUGAGGAACAGAAGGUGAGGGAGCUGAAGGAAAAGAUAGUCAAUAAAGGAUUACCUGUCGAAAUUUUUAGGACAAUUGAAGAAUUAGGAGAAGCAGUUUUGAAAAACUGUAGUGAUGUCAUUGACAAGUUGUAUCCCAUGGAUUUAGUUCCUUUGCAAACAGGAAUGUUCUCUCUUUCAGAUCAUGAAAGUUAUCUAGAGCUUUGUUAUCAUGAAGCAUUUUCUCAAAGGUAUUGCCAAGUUUUUGUGGAAUCAAAAGAAACACAGUUGGUUUUUAGAAUUCUGGACAAAUUUGCUGUCUCUUCCCAACAUGACGUUCAAAUUGAAGCCAACAGUGGAUUAACUGACUUUAAUCGUACCAGUGCCUUCUGUACAAUGAAGCCCAGAUUCAAGCCUGUGCCCCAGGGUACAUCCGUCCUAUUACUUUGUGGAGAGAAAGGCUGUGGCAAGUCAACAGUGAUCUGCAACUGGCUAAAAUACUUCACGCAGAAAAACCCGAAUAUCCUGGUGAUAACUCACUUUGUGGGAAGUAGCUCUGCCAGCCACGACAUCAUGUCCUUUAUGAGGCACUGUAUUUUAAAACUACGUCAUGAAUAUUUUGGAGCUGUAGAACACCCUGAUGCUUUCAGUGCAAAUCCUACAGAUAUUUGGAUGUUUCAUAUGAUCCGCGAAGCCUUCAUAGCAGCGAUUGGUUUAAAACCAUGUGUACUAGUGCUAGAUGGUGCUGAUCAACUAACUGGAACCCGUGGGUUGUCAGCGCAGCAGGUAAAGGAAUUCUCAUGGCUUCCAUGGCCCCUCCCAGCUCAGUGCAAGCUUAUUGUAACCACUGCCACUUCGAAUCUUGCCUACAAAUCAAUUUCAAAGCAUGAAGAAGCAAAUGUGAUGCAGCUUUCCAAUAGAACUGAUGAUAAAUUCAGAAUCCAUAUCUUCCAGAAGCAUCUGGCCAUGCCCUACAAAGAAAUAAACAAGAGCCAACUCCAAAGUAUUGUGAGUAGAAAAUUGAGCAUGCUUCCAAUCGUCAUGGUUAUUUUGGCUAACGAACUCCGUGUAUGUGGAGCAUUCAGAAAUGAGACUGAUUGUCUGGAGGAAUAUCUUCACUGUCAUUCUGUUCAGGAGUUGUGGGCUGCUGUAUUUAGGCGUUGGAUUGAAGACUACAGUUGGGUUACUGAGAAAGGAACUGGUAGCAGAGAAAAAUAUAUCUCUCCUUCCAUUUCAGGAAUGAAGGGCUGGGUAGUUGAUAUCCUUUGUCUGCUUAGUGUAUCUCGUUGUGGAUUAAAUGAGGAAGACAUCCAUCAGCUUCUUAAAUUCCUGGGCUAUAAAGGGACCAACGAGGUCAGUAGCUUUGACUGGGCUGUCUUUCGUACUGCGUCCAUGGAAUGGAUACAAAAAAGGCCGGAUGGAUUGUUAAAUUUCACCCACCAAUCUAUGCGGGAUGCUGUAGAAUACCUCCUUCUCGGUGUUAUUGCUCCAGUUAAUGAAUCCACUUUCAACUCCUUUCAAAAUCACUUUAAUUGUAAAAAGACCUAUAUUCACCGGCUAUUUGCAGGGUACUUUGCACAGCAGAAUUACACCCUGAAGCUUUACCAAGAGCUACCUUGGCAUCUGAAAAUGAGUGGCAACCUCAGUGCUUUGUGUACCGUUGUAUCUGAACCCCUAAUCAUGGAUCUAAUUUACCAGAAUUCAAAGCAUUCUUAUCAGUCGAAGCUGGACCUUGUACAUUACUGGGAUUUAUUAUCAGAGUCAGGGUUCGAUCCUGCAGUUACCUAUCGCAACAUGGUGGAUGAGUUGCCGGUCACAUCUAAAGUAUCAGAAAAUAGUGACAGUGAAAUGUUGAGCUGCAGAAAAGCUACUUUGAUAUGGUUUACUGCAGAGUUUCUGAAAGAACUUGACAAGACCACAGCAGCAGAUGAAUUGCUUCUAAUUGCCCAAGCUUUGUUACCAGAGUCAUGCCCUCUGAGCCUGAAGGAAACAGAAAUUUAUUUUAAAAUACAGUACAGCAUCGGACAACUUUGUGUCAGUGUCGACAAGUUGCAGGAUGCGGCAACGCAUUUUCGAAAGGCUUUGCACAGUAUUGAUUAUGCAUCGAAAGAUAUCAGAAAAAAUGUGGAUAUGUUAAAGUGCACAGCACAGUUGUUGUUUAAAUUGGCUAAUUUAGUUAUGCGAGGAGGCUCAACUGACAUUGGUGACAUCCUGUGGAAGGCCAGGAGAGCUACUAAAAAGAUCUGUGAUCCAUGUGCAGAAGCAAAUUUAAAAAUUCUUGAAGGUUUCCGAAAAAUCCAUGUAGGUAAACUUCCUGCAGCUGAACAAUAUUUUCAACAGGCUUUAGAUAUCAGGCAAAAAUGGUAUGGUAAAUUGCAUCCCAUUGUUGCUGAGGUGCUGGAACCUCUGGCAGAUCUGCUGUGCUAUCCUGAGUACUCAAAUAGCUUAGACUGCAGUCAAACAGAAAGGUUUUACAGACAAGUGGUCAAAAUUCAAGAGGACAGUAUGCAGUGGGCCAGAUCUUCACAAAUUAGAGAUCAGAUCAAUCUCAGUAGAGCCUUUACUAUUUAUAAAAUAGGUAAACUGUUACAAAAUAAUGACAAUUAUCAGACUAGGAAAGAAGCAACAGAAUAUCUACAGCAUUCAUUCGACUUACUAACCGAGCUGCUGGGUCCUAAUCAUCAUUUAGCAAUGGAGGUGCGAAGGCUGCUGAAACAUUCAGAGAUACAAAUUUGCAAAGAUCAAACAUUCUUUAAGAAAUUGGCAGCACAUAGCCCUGGAAAGUCUUUCAGUUCACUAACAGCAAAGAAAUCUGGCCAGGCAAAACCUGGUUUGCACCUCACUCUUGAAAGACCAAAGAACUAUAUUAAUGCGAAGACUUUAAUUAGCAACCUAACUGACAGUCAUCAGAUGACUGGCAAUUUCAAGUCUGUGAAAACAACACAUCCUGUUGGCUGUUCAAUGGAAAAGACAGAAGCAAAUGUUGGUUCUAACAUAUCAUCUGAUGCACCUGUUAUACUUGAACAGGAUAAAAUGGAAAAUAAUGUCAGUUUCGAAGAGGAAUAUUUAGGCAAUUUAGGUUCAAAAUUAUACAUUUCCAAACAUGCUUUGCUUCCAAGGCCAGCUUUGUUGAUGGGACACCAAGAAUCUAGAUCUCCAGUUAUGAAUAGGAAUUCAUCAGCACCAAUCAAAAAACAUUCGUCUUCAGUCUGCAGGCCAUUAACCACCCGCAAACCAUCUUCAUUGGGGCCUAGCAUUAACACUUUAGUACCACCUUUAAGGACCAAAGUAGGCUCAGAAAGACUCAGGAUCAUCUACCAAUCAGGUUGGCAUCAUCCACCAGGACACCACCCAGCUCGUCAAAAACCUUUCUCACCCCAAAGACAUCUGAUCAGAAAGGAUACUGGAAUGGCUAGGAAUCUGCAGCAUGUCACUGCACUGUUGAACAACGCCAUCUAGCAGUAGUAACACAGAAAGUGCUGGAAAAACUCAGCAGGUCUGACAGCAUCAAUGGAAAGAGAAACAGAGUUAACAUUUUGUGUCCAAUAUUGUUCUUCUUUGGCCAUCUAGCAGUAGGUUUGUUUGAAAUUCCCAUUACUGUGACCUGCUUAAAGGACCAUAUAGCGAGGCGUAUAUUCAAACUGAAAGAAGGAGGGAAAUAGUGGAGAGCGACUCGACCAAUAUCAUUCUUGCAUCCCCUUUGUUUACCAGAUUGCAAGACAAAGUACAGCCCUUAACAUCCUAUUGCACUGCUAAUUAAACGUUAAGGUUUAAUAGAUAAGUAAUGAACUAACAAAUAAAAGAGAAAAGUGACAAACAUGAUUUUUAAAUUUUUUUACUCCAUUAUGAAACCCAAUACAAGGGACACCGGAAAUGGAGAUUUAUAAAACACAAAAACCUGUUGAAACUACUAGAUAGCAUUAUUUGUAGAUUAGGAUUUUCUAUAGCAUUGCUACAAUCUGUGAGGAGCUAAAUUGAAAAGUUUUAAGGCUGCAGUCACAACUACAUUAAUGCAAUAAAAAAGGAAGGAAAUGUAUUUUAUUCCCUUCCCUUUUCGACUGUCCUCCUGCAUCACAUAGCUUCUCAAGCCAAAAAAAUUGAAUCAGAUGUUAAAUCAAGUUUAUCCUCUAAAGUGAAUAUAAAAUAACCCAUGGCACUAUUCAAAGUAGAGCAGGGAAGUUCUCUCCAGGCACCUGGCCAACAUUUAUCCCUCAAUAUCAUUGCAACAUGUGUUAUGAUGCGUCAGAUGAUAUGUGCCAGGUGGACCAAAUCCACAAGGGAAACAUGGCCAUGCUAUCACAACGGUUUGCAAUUUAUAUUUAUUACAAAAAGAUUCGUGCACUGAAUUCAGAAGUAAUGAGCCCACUAACACUUUUAGAUAUUCUAAAAAUUAAAUUAAAACAUUUAUUAACAAAGGAAAAUAAUUUAAACACAUACAUAAGAUUACAGUUACUUGAUAUUAUAACAAAUCCCAAAAUUCCUAAUUAACCAGACUCCCAACCACACACUCCCUUUAAAGCGACAGUCCAAAUUAGAUCUGAAUUUUAUUAGGCAAUCCAGCAAGGUUACCACAGCACCCACUCAACAGUGGAAUUCCAAAGGCUUUUAACACAAUUUUAGUUACUGGGCACAGCAGACUUCUGCAAAAAUGGCU